GCAGUGUUUAGGAUUUGGAUAAGCCCCGGCCCGCCUCCCUUUAUAUUAUGCGUCUCGAUUUAUUUUCCGAGAAAAAAAAUCUCACUUUGCUGGGUGAAAACUGAAAAGUCUCAACGAAAUUUAGAUAUUAUUAAGCUUUCAACUUUCCAAUUAUUAUUUUCUUCAUCGGCCGGAAUAAUUGAGCUUGAAGGUAAGAAUGUGGGUCGGAGGGAAGAUGAGAGAGAUCCGUUUUCUCUCACUCUGUCUCUCUGUUUUCUUUGCCUCCUUCCAUGGCUAAACGGCUUGUCCGUUUCGCCGCCGCACUUCCUCUUCUUCUUCCUUUCUUCCGGUUGAAAUAAACCCAACAAAAACCCAGGAAAAACCCUGCUCAGAAAGUUAACUCCAUUCCUAUAGAAACUAGUUUCCUCCCAUACCUUUACCUUUUUGUCAUCGUAAACCGUCAUCCAAUCCUUUUUCAUUAUUCUAAUGGCGCGCUUUUGUUUUAUUAUAUAAACCCACCAUCACAUUUCCCCAAAUUUUGCAGCUUUUCUUUCCCCCAGAUUUGUUGUCAUCUGGGCAAGGGCAACCUUAAGUGCAUUACUACAGACAUCCUCCUUCCUUCCCUCCUUUCAUUUUUCGAUUUCUAUUCAGAAGCAGAGCAGCAUACAGCCAGGAAGGGAAAAGGGGGAGAAAGCAACAAAACCUUCUUCUCCUCCCCUUUCUUACCACUUCCAUGGCGGCUGCAAGUAUGAUGCUUCCUGUUAGCUUUUGCAUUCUCUUGUUCUGCUUCUUCUCUUCCUGUUGUCUCCUUGUCAAUGCCGCCGGUUCCCAGUUCUUCAAUCUCACUCUGAAGCACCAGCACCCCUACCCUGAUUCCAUCGCUCAAGAUGUGCAAAGGCAGGUCAAUGAGUCGCUAUCCAGAAGGAGGCUACUCUUGUCCACACAAGAAAAGGACCUUUGUCAAACGGGCAACCCGAUCGACGACUGCUGGCGGUGCGACCCGAACUGGGCCCAAAACCGGGAGCGCCUGGCCGACUGCGGAAUCGGGUUCGGCCGGGGAGCCCUCGGCGGACGCGGCGGCCAGAUCUACGUCGUCACCGACUCCUCCGACCACGACCCGGCCAACCCGACCCCGGGAACGCUCCGGUACGGCGUGAUCCAGGACGUCCCCCUGUGGAUCGUCUUCGCCUCCAGCAUGGUGAUCAAGCUGAAGCACGAGCUCAUCUUCAACAGCUACAAGACCGUCGACGGCAGGGGAGCCAGCGUCCACAUCACCGGCAACGGCUGCCUCACGCUCCAGUACGUCAACCACGUCAUCAUACACAACAUUCGGAUCUACAAUUGCAAGCCGUCGGGGAACACCAACGUGGCUUCGUCGCCCACCCACGUCGGAUUCAGGGGGCGGUCGGACGGCGACGGGAUUUCUCUGUUCGGAGCGCAGAACAUCUGGAUCGACCACUGCACGCUCUCGUCGUGCACCGACGGCCUGAUCGACGCCAUCAUGGGGUCCACGGGAAUCACGAUUUCAAACAAUUACUUCUCCCACCACAACGAGGUGAUGCUGAUGGGGCACGACGACAGGUAGAGAUUGAGUCAGGAAUUUGAAUUCAGAAACCCUAAUUUGAAUCGUGAUAAUUUGGGGAAGAGGGUUAAGACCUAAUUGACUGCUGUAUUUCCUAAAUUUUAUAUGUAAUUUUAUGUAUGUCUCAGAUACGUGCUGGAUACCGGGAUGCAGGUCACCAUUGCGUUCAACCGGUUCGGCGAGGCGCUGGUGCAGCGUAUGCCCCGGUGCAGGCGCGGGUACAUACACGUGGUCAACAAUGAUUUCACUUACUGGCAGAUGUAUGCAAUCGGCGGCAGCGCCAGGCCGACGAUCAACAGUCAGGGGAAUCGUUAUAAUGCUCCGGCCGAUGCCGACGCGAAGGAGGUGACGAAGCGCGUGGAUACAGACGAGAAGGAUUGGACACAGUGGAACUGGAGGACGGACGGGGACAUAAUGGUAAAUGGCGCGUUCUUCGUGCCGUCGGGAGCAGGGAUGAGCGUCCAGUAUGAAAAGGCUUCCAGCUUGGAUCCAAAAUCCGCUGGGCUUGUUGACCAGCUCACCUUGAACGCCGGCGUGCUAAGUGGGCCCAGGAACACAGGGGAGAUGACGGUGAACCCAGGAUUCAACGGUGGCGGGCCCGGGACGACAACCUACACCGGGUCCCCCAGCGCCGGAAGCAUCAGCAGCAGCGGCGGGGACGGUGAUGGCGAUGUGUUUGGGAUGAUCUUCGGGAGCGGGGCGGCGCCACCCACUACUGCUUCUGCCUCUGCCUCAUUAUUUUUGUCCAUUUCAAUUAUUUUAAUUCUGUAUACUGCUACUACGACCAACUAUUGGGGGCCUUCAUUCUCCUCCCUCCCAUUAUUAUCUUCAUUGUUGUAGAGACUGCAUAAUUUGGACUCUACAAAUGGGGGGAAAGGAAGAAGAAAAAGUAUACGAGAAAAAAAAAUACAAGGAACAAGAGAAAAUUCAUCUUCUUGAAUAUGUACAUAAAACAAGAUGACACAAAAAAAAAAAGAUUUAAGAUUACAAGAUUAAUUGUUUUGGGUCGUUUUGAGAAUGUGAU